UCGCAUUUUAGUGUAAUUGAUGGUAAAUAGCAGGCAGGGUAUGAAGUAUGAACUCAACGGAACUUCCUCCAGAAUCUUUCCCUCACUGUCGAUGAGAGCAGCUCCGGCUUGUUUGCUUCUUCUUCCUCAACAUUUCGUCGAAUAGCUUCACUGCGCAGUGAAUUAAUGGGAUCACCAGCUUGGUUCCCUCAGGAAAUGCAAUCUUCAACUCCGCAGACCUCUGUUACAAGUUCAUCAACUGCAGGACUAUCUUCAGACCCUUUGCCUAUGACUGCCAUCCCUCCUUCCAUUGCAAGCACUCCUUCAAAUAAUGGAAUGAGUCCAUCAAUAGAUUCAUCUAGAGACAUUGCCCAACAAAAAGCUACUGGCCCCCCUGGAUAUGGUGUCACUCGACUUCCUAUCUCAUAUGUAAAUGCCAUGAAGUCAAAUUCACAAAUUCCUGCAGGACCUCUCCAACCACCAGUCCCUGGAAAUUCUUUGUUUUCAUAUAACAUUUCUCAUCCAACUACUGGCAUGACUGGUGCUCCACAAUUUCCAACUAGCAUGGAUAUGAGGACUGGGAUUACACCAGAAACAGGAGUAACAGGACUAUCUUUUGCUACUCAGACUGUUCCCCAGCAAGCUAGUCCAAGUUUUCCAACAUCUAAUGCUACCACACCAACUUUAAGUAUGAUUCCUGCCCCAUCUUUUCAGAUGCCUCCUGGAGUUCCUAAAGCUCCUGCAACACCUGGUCCUCCUGGAAUAGGUUCAACUAUACAAUUGUCUUCUAGUACAAAUGCUCCAUUUUCUUCUGGAGAUUCUUCUCCAUCUCUGAGGCCCAUUAUACCACAAGCUCCUUUUCUGUCUAAUCCACCCAUUCAGCAGCAGGCAUAUACUCCAUAUAACUCUGUUUCUGCUUUGCAAACCCCUCCUCAGGGACCAUGGUUGCAUGCACCUGCUAGUGGCUUGGUAAGAUCACCAUUGCCAGUGUACCCUGCUUCCCUAACUGGUCCCUUUCCUAUGCUGGCUGGUAGUAUGCUGCACUCUUCUGCUACAUUCCCUGACACUCAACCUCCUGGGGUUUCAACCGUGGCAGCACCACCUGGAGCGUCUGCAUCUACAACUUCUACAACUUCAGCUCCCCAAUCAGUACCUGGUUCAGGGAUGCAGGCAGAGUUUCCUCCUGGAGUUGAUGAUAGUAGACAUGAAAAUGAUGUUGUGACAAGAGAUGUAGCUGUAAACAGUAAGAAUCUUGAUGCUUGGACAGCCCAUCGGACAGAAACAGGAACUGUAUACUAUUACAAUGCUUUAACUGGAGUAUCUACUUAUGAGAAACCUGCCGGGUUUAAAGGAGAGCCUGAGAAAGUUAUUGCACAACCAACUCCAGUUUCAUGGGAAAGGUUGUAUGGUACAGAUUGGGCAUUGGUCAUUACUAAUGAUGGCAAAAGAUAUUACUACAAUACUAAAACUAAGUUGAGCAGCUGGCAAAUUCCUGUUGAGGUGGCAGAGCUAAAACAGAGGUUAGAUUCUGAUGCAUUGAAAGCCCAAGCAAUGGCCAUGGCAAACACCAAUGUGCAACCUGAAAAAGAAUCUGCUCCAUUGCUUACCCCAGCAGUUAACACUGGUGGUCGUGAUGCCACAACUUUGAGGCCAUCAGGCAUGCAGGGAACAUCUUCAGCACUGGAUCUCAUAAAGAAGAAGUUGCAGGAUUCUGGAUCACCUGCUACUAUUCCAACAACUCCUGCUUUGUCAGGAGCAUCAGAUCUAGAUGGAAUUAAAGCAGGGGAUUCUACUGUUAGAGGUCCACAAAAAGAAAAUAGCAAAGAUAAGUCAAAAGAUGCUAAUGAUGAUGGUAAUUUGUCAGAAUCAACUUCCGAUUCUGAAACUGAAGACAGUGGGCCCACCAAGGAGGAGCUCGUCAUUCAAUUCAAGGAAAUGCUCAAGGAACGUGGAAUAGCACCUUUUUCAAAGUGGGAAAAGGAACUUCCAAAGAUAGUUUUUGAUCCACGGUUUAAGGCUAUACCAAGUUACAGUGAAAGAAAAGCUCUUUUUGAGCAUUAUGUCAAGACACGUGCUGAUGAAGAACGAAAAGAGAAAAGAGCUGCUCAGAAGGCUGCUGUAGAGGGCUUCAAGCAAUUACUGGAAGAAGCAAAGGAGGAUAUAAAUCAUAACACUGAUUAUCAAACAUUCAAAAAGAAAUGGGGUAAUGAUCCACGGUUUGAGGCACUGGACCGAAAAGAAAGAGAUGCUCUCUUCAAUGAGAGGGUGCUUUUUUUGAAGAGGGUUGCUCAAGAAAAAGCUCAAGCAGCUCGCGCCACCGUUAUAUCUGACUUUAAGUCCAUGCUUCGGGAGAAGGGAGACAUUACUUCAAAUACUCGUUGGUCAAAGGUGAAGGACAAUUUAAGAAAUGACCCCCGGUACAAAGCUGUCAAGCAUGAGGACAGGGAAGUUCUAUUUAAUGAGUAUCUGUCUGAACUAAAGACUGCUGAAGAAGAGACUGCAAGAGUGGCAAAAGCCAAAUAUGAUGAGGAGGAAAAGUUGAAGGAAAGAGAGCGAGCAUUGCGGAAACGAAAAGAAAGAGAAGAACAAGAACUGGAGAGGGUACGGUUGAAAACUUGUAGAAAGGAAGCAGUUGAGUCUUAUCAAGCUUUGCUUGUUGAAACAAUCAAAGAUCCUCAGGCAUCUUGGACCGAGUCAAAACCAAAACUAGAGAAGGAUCCCCAAGGACGUGUGGCCAAUCCUCAUUUGGAUCAAUCUGACUUAGAAAAACUCUUUCGAGAACACGUUAAGACAUUGUAUGAGCGGUGUGCCCAAGAAUUCCGAGCUCUUUUGAUUGCUGCUAUAACUGCAGACGCAGCUGCUCAAGAAACAGAAGACGGAAAAACAGUUUUUACUUCCUGGUCAACCGCAAAACAGCUUCUCAAAGCUGAUCCCAGGUACACUAAGAUGCCAAGAAAAGACCGGGAAUCCCUUUGGCGCCGACAUGUCGAGGAUAUUCAGAGGCGGCAAAAGUUGGCAAACGAACAAGAAGCCGAUAAGUCAAGGAAUAGAAGCUCCGGUGAUUCCUCGAAAUUUUUAGCUGGAUCAAAGAGAGCUGAGAGAAGAUAGCUCUUUUGCACUGGAAAAUUAACUGGAGUCUGUAAACUAAGUGGUUGAGAAGUAGCCAGCUUAAUCUUGACGAGGUUAGAAUGAGGGAGAAUAUUUGGUAGGAUGAAGCCAACUCAUUUAGUGGAAUUAUAUUCUUUGUUUUUGUCACUAACAUAAAAUACAUGAAACUAUUAGCUUCACAAUGUAAUCUACCAAUGAUCGUUUUUUGUUUCAUACAAACCGUUUCUAUCUAUUUUACUCU